UAUCGAAACUUGAUGUUAUCUGUAUUAAAAUGAUAGAGUGAGGUUGGACCAAAUUUUGAAACAUUACGAAAAAUAUUCGUACACGGUGAAGGACAUUCGUUGGUACAACAACGAUCCAUUGAAAUGUCUUGCUGUUGUGCCCCCGAGGUGAAAAAGACGUCGACAAACCGAGGAAAACUCGAGUUCGCCAAAGUUCAUAGCAGCGGUUUUGAGAAGGAAAGAAAAACAAUUCACUAUGCCGACGAGGUCGAUGGGGAAAAAUCCGCAUGCAGGAAUGUGCGAAGCGAUUCGUCAAUACUGAGCGAUUUCGACGAUCAGCACGAUUCCGACGAGGAAAUAGGGGACAUGGUAUUCGUCGAUGGGAACGAGGCCGACCUGGAGGAAUGCGACGACGAGGAUACGCUGAUGGAACGCGUCUGGUGGCUCGCAAGGCCGCCUUACGUUCCGCGGCAAACGCCGGUGGUUUCGGCAAGAAGAAUACAGGUGGUCAAAGAGCGACUCUCGUCAACAAUAAAGGGUCUUCCGACGAUUCGAGCCGCGCUGAAAGAGCAGGUCGCAAGGAGUCUGCAGAGUCGACGUGGAUCGAAAUCGCGGGAUUACAUCGCGGUUGGUAAAUUCUCGGGUAACAGUCGCGCGGCUUGCGGUACCGACGAGGUCACAUCGAUCCCGGUUUGCGCCCGAAAACUCAGCGACUUAUUAUAGCCCUCAUACUAUAAACCGCACGGCGUCAUCUAUAUG